AUGCAAAGAGAGGGGCGUGCUGAUGUACCCGUUUCAAACUUCCAGCUGCUUCUUGAAUUGGCCAAGAACGACAUGGUGUUUCGCUUUCAUUUGUCGCUUUCCAUGAUUCUGUCAUUAUGUAAGUGUGCAUCUAUCAGCAAUGACAACUACUUUCCAGCAAUAUUCCCCCACUAUUUCAAAGGAUACAGGUAUUCGGUGAUGAAUGACAACGAAGGGGUAGAUUUUGAGCAAGCUGAAAAGAAUUGCCAAAACUGUAAUUCUCACUUGAUAUCUGUCCAUGGGAGAGUGGAAAUGGAUUUCAUAAAGCAAAUAACGAAAAGGAUGUCAACGUCGAACUCAUGGAUAGGAUUGAUGCAAAAGAACACUAUCUCCACUUCUCCACAGUCAUCGUUUGUAUGGCUGGAUGGAACACCAGUGAAUUAUACUAACUGGGCUGAAGGAGAGCCACAUCAUGUUAGAGGAGAAGAUACCUGUGUCAGCAUGCUAUAUGGAAAUGGGAAAACAUUUGGACAAUGGCAAGUGACCAACUGUCAUAAUAAGACGAAAAAUUACGUGUGCAAGUCAUCAGCAGAGGAAAUGAGCGCCAUACUGACGACUAAACCUUAUGGUCGUGAAUCAAACAGAUCUUGCGAAGAAACAGAUGGGCAUUUUUCCUAUUGCUUUGAAAAUCAUAGAUACGCGCUGAUACCUUAUCCACAAGGAGUAAACUGGGAGGAAGGUCAAAAAGAGUGCGAGAAAUACCAUUCAAACCUAGCCUCUAUACAUAAUCAGGAAGAAAUGGAGUUUAUCAAAUACAUAGCGCGAACGCGACUGUCAUUCGAAAGAGUAUGGAUAGGACUGCAACGAAAAGAUUUGCCAUACGAUACCACGAAAGUUGGUUUCUAUUGGAGUGACGGAUCGGUGACCGAUUAUACCAACUGGGCUCGUGACCAACCACAUUCUGCUGAUGACGCAUUUUGUACCAGUAUGAUAAGCGACCUAAGCGGAAAAUAUGGGCAGUGGGAAUUAAAUCUUUGCUACAAUAGAAGUUCUGGUAUAUUAUGCAAAAAGUCCGCAGGAAAGAAUGGAUGCGAGACAGCAGUUCGCGUGAAAAGGUCAAACGAAGGCGGUAAAGACAAAAGUACACCUUGCGCUGAAUGCACAGAAGAAACAUGCACUGGAUGCACAGAAGAGACCUGCCCUGAAUGCGAAGGAACCUGCACUGACUGCACGGAAGAAACCUGCGAUGAGUGCACAGGAACAGGUGAAGAUUGCGAAGACGAUUGUUUCUGUGACGAAGAUGGAGAAUGUGAAUGCGAAGGUGAUAAAAACUCAACACCAGGAGGUGGAGAACGUACCACAGGAACAGAUGAAGAUUGUGAAGACGACGAUUGUUUCUGUGACGAAGAUGGAGAAUGUGAAUGCGAAGGUGAUGAAAGCUCAACACCAGGAGGUGGAGAACAUAAAACUACGAAGGAGCGUCAGUGUAUCUGUGAAAAGGGAACAGAACCAUGCUGCGCUAAAAUUACAAAAACUCAUCAACACGGAGUCAGUACCACACCCGCAGGUGAAUGCGAUAAUUGCAUGCAAGAGGAUUGCAAAACAGGAAGAGAAGAGGGUUGCAUAGAAGUGGAUCGUGCAACAACACCAGGAGGCGGAAGUGAUAGUUGUGAGGGUGCUGCAUCGACGACAUUGUCCGUGAAUUGGGGUGCUAUCCAGAUUAUAUGGUAA